GAUGGCCAAGCCCACAUGGAGCCUCAGUAUGCAGAGGAGGGUCCAGGACCUGGGAUCUUCAGAGCAGAGCCAGGAGACCCACUGAGGAGGCCUGAGGCCCAGCAGCAGCCCACCUCUCUGGCGGGGCGCUGGUGCUCAAGGAGGCGCGGCUGCGUGGGGCUGGGCGCCCUGGCGCUGCUGGCUGGUGCGAGCGUCGGCUCAUGGCUUCUCGUGCUGUAUCUGUGGCCAGCCGCCUCUCAGCCAUCUCCCGGGAACUUGCAGGAUGAGGAGAUGCCUCUGAGCUGCUCAGAGGCCAGUGGUGAGGAAGCCCUGCUCCCUUCGCUUUCCAGAACAGUAUCUUUCAGAAUCAAUCCUGAGGGCUUCUUGCUGGCAGUACAGGUGAGGGCUCGGCCAGACUGGCUCCUGGUCUGCCACGAGAGCUGGAGCUCUGCCCUGGGGCUGCGGAUCUGCCAGAGCCUGGGACAUCUCAGACUCACUCACUACAAGGGAGUGAACCUGUCUGACAUCCAGCUCAACAGCUCCCAGGGGUUUGCUCAGCUCUCUCCAGGACUGGGAGGCUUCCUGGAGGAGGUGUGGCAGCCCAGGGACAGCUGCGCUUCUGGUCAAAUCGUUUCCCUCAGAUGCUCUGAGUGUGGGACGAGGCCCCUGGCUUCCCGGAUAGUUGGCGGGCAGGCCGUGGCUCCCGGGCGCUGGCCCUGGCAGGCCAGUGUGGCCCUGGGCUCCCGGCACACGUGUGGGGGCUCUGUGCUGGCCCCACGCUGGGUGAUGACGGCCGCACACUGCAUGCACAGUUUUAGGCUGUCCCGGCUGUCCAGCUGGCGGGUGUACACGGGGCUGGUGAGCCACAGUGCCGUCAGGCCGCACCAGGGGGCUGUGGUGGAGAGGAUCAUCCCUCACCCCCUCUACAGCACCCAGAAUCACGACUACGACGUCGCCCUCCUCCAGCUCCGGACACCGCUCAACUUCUCAGACACCGUGGGUGCUGUGUGCCUGCCAGCUGAGAAGCAAGAUUUCCCAAGGGGCUCACAGUGCUGGGUGUCUGGCUGGGGCCACACCGAUCCCAGCCACACCCACAACUCAGACACGCUGCAGGACACGGUGGUGCCCCUGCUGGGCACCCGGCUCUGCAACAGCUCCUGCAUGUACAGCGGGGCCCUUACCCCCCGCAUGCUGUGUGCCGGCUACGUGGACGGGAGGGCCGACGCGUGCCAGGGUGACAGCGGGGGCCCCCUGGUGUGCCUGGACGGGGGCACGUGGCACUUGGUGGGGGUGGUCAGCUGGGGCCGCGGCUGCGCGGAGCCCAAUCACCCUGGCGUCUACGCCAAGGUUGCCGAGUUCCUGGACUGGAUCCAUGACACUGCGAGGUGAUGCUUCUCAGGUGGCUGGUGGAUUUUGCCCGUGAGUUCAUUUUCCCCUGGGAUGUCAGAAUCUUGGCUUGAACUGUGACAGGGAAGGAGACCUAGACCCACACCUCACUGUGAGCUGCUCCAUUCUGAGUGAAGAAGGGAGCCGGACAACGAGAGGCGCACACAGCCUGGGCUUGCUCUCCCCACAUUUGCCUCUAGACAUAGCAAUCCUGCCUGAGUUUCUAGCUGGCCUGUCCUAUGGUUUUGGGACUUGAGACUACAAUAUCACCUCUUAGCUCAAUUUCCACCCUGCCAGCUUUUGGCUGCUCCACAGAGUUUGGACUCACCCGCCCCCAUAAUUGCUUGAGCCAAUUUACAAAAAAUAAAUCAAUCUCUCUCUCUCUCUCUCUUUCUCCAUUUCAUUGUAUAAAAUAUAAUGUUAUACAUGUAUAUAUUUGGUUCUGUUUCCCUGGAGAACC